AUGAUUUCAAAUAUUAAAAACUAUUUUGUCCUCAAAACCUAUCAAUCAGACAUAACGACAUGUCCAACUAUUGAGAUAUAUGAUGGAAUUUUGGUCAGUUCACUGAUAGUAGCCAGUUUAACGUUGUUUUUAUACACCGCUUUCACUCAAUUUCAUGAACAAGGUGUAUAUGUAGCUGCUACCAAAGAAAUGAAUGAGUGA